AUGCAUUAUUCUUUUCCUCUUAUUGCGCUAGCAACCAUCAUUGCCGCAUCUCCUCUUCCCGCAAACACAAAUGUCAACCCGGAAGCAAUAACAUCAACUACAUGCACAGCCAAGAAAGUAGCUAUCAAUAGCCAUGAUAUUAACGUCGCCCUCCUCUCUAUUUGCGGAGGCAUUGCAGGCACAAUUGAGCAAUGCCAGGGAAACCCUACAAACACAACCGGUGCAUCAGGGAGCGCAUUUUUAUCGCUGGAAGCUGCAACUCCCGGGCAAACAAUUGACAUCACAAAGGGCCGAUGGGAGGGAUGCAUGCGUGCGGCGAGAGCCGUAUGUGGUGAUAGCCCGUUUACAAGCACAUGUAUUGGCGGUGCAGAUAUAAACAAGGGAAAUGUCAAGUUUUCUCUUACCGCACAAUAA